AGCCGGAUUGAAACUCCACAUGUGGAGUUGUUCCCGCGGGAACCCAAUUUCCGGAGCGAAUUAAAUUGCCACAAAUACCAUCUAGAUCUCCACUUUUUUUUUUGCGCCGAACAUUGAUUCCAUUAUUCCCAUUACACCAUGUUGUUCCCUAUGUCACUCUAGUUGUAGUACUCAAAUGUAACCAUUCUUCGUAAUUUCACUGCAUUUCACAUUUGCACUCUUCUAUCCAAACCAAUGGCAGAAAACGUAAACUGCGACAUGCCCUUCACUCACCACCCUCAUUGGUUCUCCCCAAAAACCGGUAUUUACCAAAGCAAACACGCUCCCAUGGACCUUCCCACCGACCCUUUUCUCGACCUCGUUUCCUUCGUUUUUUCCCACCGCCAUAAUGGGGUUUCUGCCCUCGUUGAUUCCUCAUCUGGGUCCUCCAUUUCCUACUCAAAGUUGUUACCUUUGGUUAAAUCCAUUGCCUCUGGUCUUCACAAAAUGGGUGUUUCACAAGGUGGCGUGGUCUUGCUUCUUCUCCCUAACUCCAUUUACUACCCCGUUGUGUUUUUGGCUGUUCUCUACCUAGGUGCUGUUGUCACACCCUUGAAUCCUCUUUGUAGUGUCUAUGAAAUACGCAAUCAGGUUAAUGAGUGUGGUGUGAGUCUGGCUUUUACUGUGCCUGAGAAUUUCAAGAAACUAGAGCCCUUGGGGAUUCCCAUUGUUGCUGUGCCAGAGAAUGAGAAGGGUUUGAAGCAUGCUCGUUUCUCAUGCUUUUGUGAGUUGAUUUCUUGUGAGUUUGAUUUGCCUAAGAGACCGGUUAUUAAGCAGGAUGACACAGCAGGGAUAUUGUAUUCUUCAGGGACUACUGGGGUGAGCAAAGGGGUUGUUCUGUCACAUAAAAACCUUAUUGCUAUGGUUGAGCUUUUUGUGAGAUUUGAAGCUUCUCAAUAUGAAUACUCUUGCUUGAGGAAUGUGUAUCUGGCUGUUUUGCCGAUGUUUCACGUGUAUGGUUUGUCGCUAUUUGCUGUUGGGUUGCUGUCUUUGGGUUCUACUGUUGUUGUGAUGAGGAAAUUUGACAUAGAUGAGGUUGUCAAGGUGAUUGAUGAAUAUAAAGUUACACACUUUCCUGUUGUUCCGCCCAUGUUGACGGCUUUGAUAACGAGGGCAAAGGGUAUGAAUAGCUGUAAAUUGCAGAGUUUGAUUCAGGUUUCCAGUGGUGCAGCGCCUUUGAGCACAGGAGUUAUUAGUGAAUUUCUCCAAACCUUCCCUAAUGUUGAUUUUAUACAGGGUUAUGGAAUGACUGAGUCAACUGCAGUAGGAACACGUGGCUUCAAUACUGAAAAGUUUCGCAAUUAUUCUUCAAUAGGGUUAUUGGCUCCAAACAUGGAGGCAAAAGUGCUACACUGGAAUACUGGUGCAUUUUUGCCCCCAGGCAGCAGUGGUGAGCUUUGGUUGAGAGGGCCUUCAAUUAUGAGAGGAUACUUGAAUAAUGAGGAAGCUACAAUAUCAACAAUUGACAAUGAUGGUUGGUUACAUACCGGAGAUAUUGUUUAUUUUGAUCAUGAUGGGUAUUUACACAUAUCUGACCGCUUGAAAGAUAUCAUCAAAUACAAGGGCUUUCAGAUUGCUCCUGCUGAUUUAGAAGCUGUGUUAAUGUUGCAUCCCGAAAUAGUUGAUGUUGCUGUUACUGGUGCUAUGGAUAAAGAAACUGGGGAGAUGCCAGUGGCAUUUGUGGUCAGGAAGGUUGGAAGUGUGCUGUCUCCUAAGCAUAUUAUGGAUUACGUAGCUGAACAGGUUGCUCCAUAUAAGAAGGUUAGGAAAGUGUUGUUCAUUAACAAGAUACCAAGGUCUCCGACUGGGAAGAUCCUAAGAAGGCAGCUGAGGAAUUGCUUGACUUCUUACCUAUAAUGCAUUGACAAUUUUGGAAAGUGGGUUGUCUUAACACAAUUUGUUGAGUGAAUCUAUUCAUACAUACGUGCAUCGUGAGGGCUACUAAAGGAUUGAAGAACACUAUGUCACGAUAUCAUAUCACCAGAAAUUUCUGCCCUGCAUAUCUCCAAAUUAAAUGAUACUCGUAUACUGAUUUUUUUGUUGUUGUUCUUUUACUAGUCAUUGUUGUAUCCUAUGUUGAAGAAAUAGACUUCUGAAAGACAAUAGUGGAAUGAUUUCAUUGC